AACGAAGAAGAGAUGGAGAGAGGGAGGGAGAGAGAGUUAGAAAAGCAUGGAAGCUCGCUUGGCGAAGUUCGCUCGAUCCGACCUCCUCUUCACCGCUCGAAGAAGCAUCGCUCUCAAUCGCUCCAAGCGAGUUCAAUUCCCUUCCAUGCUUCUCCAUUCAGGUGCCGGUCCUCUGUGUGCUCGACAGGCAAUCGCUCAAUUUCCGCUUCCGUCGUCGCGCGAUCCCGAUCUCAAUCGCCCAGGCUUGAUGCCAAUCUUUUUUUCCGCGACUUCGCGGCUUGCAGAUGCAGCAGGAAGGGAUGCGAGGAGGGCGUACGACGCGCUGCUGCUCGACGCGGGAGGCACUCUACUUCAGCUGGCGAAGCCGGUGGAGGAGACUUACGCGUCCAUCGGAACCAAAUACGGUCUUACUGCGACUCCUGCCGAUAUCAAGCGAGGAUUCAAGAGGGCCUUUUCUGCUCCCUGGCCUGAGAAACUUCGUUACCAGGGAGAUGGGAGGCCGUUCUGGAGACUUGUCGUGUCGGAAGCUACCGGUUGUGCCAAUCAUGACUAUUUUGAAGAAGUUUACCAGUACUAUGCAGAUGGUCAUGCAUGGCGCCUUCCUGCUGGAGCUUAUGAGACAAUCAGUACUCUGAAAGAUGCUGGAGUUAAGUUGGCUGUUGUGUCCAACUUUGACAUCCGGUUGAGGAAGUUAUUGAAGGACUUAAACAUUGUGGAUCUGUUUGAUGCUGUAAUUGUAUCCUCAGAAGUUGGAUAUGAGAAGCCAGAUCCUGGAAUAUUCAAAUCUGCUCUAGAUCAACUUCAAGUGGAACCUAAUAGAGCAGUACAUAUUGGGGAUGAUGAAAAAGCUGACAAAUAUGGUGCUGCUGUUGUGGGGAUUGAGUGCUGGUUGUGGGGCAGAGAUGUGAAGACAUUCUCAGAUAUACUAAAGCGCAUACUCAUCCAUGUCUAAACUAUAUCAAGGAAUUAAUCGCUCUUCAACAUUGUUCGAGUUCAUGCAAAUUUUUUCUGUGCUUUUGACUGAUGAAAUGUUCCCAUAAUGAAGAUGACCAUCUUGUCAUUGGGAAAUUGAAAUAUUUUAGGAGCACGAGUGAUGGAAGCAUUGAAAGCUUGAGAUUUUGUGGAAUGACUUCGUAUAAUUACGUGACUUUUUGUCACUUCCAGCUGCCAAUGGUCCUUUUAACAUUUUAUGCAAAGGUGUCUUCUUUGGUGAUUAUGAAUAAAAAGUUCAAUGGCCUUCGGG